UUAUCAGAAGCCGUAAAAGAGAAGUGAUGGUAAACAGAGGAGCAUGGAUAUCGUCAUUCAAAGUUUGACGAAGGAUGUUGUCAUUGUGGGGAGGGAGAGAGGAGAGGCUGGUGGAUUAUUGAGUCUGGAGCGAGGGGGAAAAUGGAUGGCCUGAGGAGUCAGGACUGCAGAACUGCCCGAUGGAGCUUAGCCUGUAGAUCACGUUCUUCCGUCCGGCGGACCCGGAGCUUUUCCCGAUUAGACCACACCAAUCACAGGGAGGCAAGCCUCCACCGUUCCAGCGUUUGUUGUCUCCGGGUCCCAAAGUUACGAGUAAGUGAGUGGGAAAGAAAACGAACGAGACUCGAUCCUCGAUUCGACCCGAUCUCAAUCCAUGACGCAACCGGUUUGUGCAGCCCAAUUCUCGUCCUUUUUCUCCCUUCUCCUCUGGGUGAUCCAAACCUAAUCUACCUUAACUUACGUCUUUCCUUUCAUUACUACUGCUUCUUCUUCCUCUCCUUCUCUGUCGCUGGACUUGUGGGCCGUCCUUCUAUCUUGAUUCAUCCUCCUUCACUUCUUUCCCCCCAUCCCCUACCUCGUGCAGCCCUGCAUUCUCCUUUCCUUUUUCUCUCCCCUUUCUUCACACCUCCCGCCGCUUGUCCGAUUAAUCUUCUGCAUCUGCACUCACUCACUUUCUCCGUUGCUGGCUGCCACUCUCUCACUCUGUUUGUUUUCUCUCCUUCCGCCGACCUCCGCCAAUAUCUCCUUAAUCCUGCCCGCUAUACAACACUUCGCACUUUUUCCAUCUCUACCGCUCAUCCAUAUAGAGAUCGAUUCCACGGUUUCAGUCGCUUGGAAUCUCAAUUGCGCUGGUCUUGUUCGUACCCCUCUCGGGCAACAAGCGCCUGAGCCAUGUUCCGCAGAAAGAGGAGCUCCUCGCAACAUCAGGUAAGCCCCCCUGUUCCAUGGAAAUGGUCUCUGGGUCGUCACGAAACUAAACACUGCUCAUGCGCCUAGCAUUCUCUCUCUGCAUCCUCCUCUCAGUC